UGAGAAGUUUGGGGAUUCAAGAGAGGAUGCAGGUUCCAUUCACUUUCCUUCCACGUGACCGGGGAGAUUAUGCGCAGUUUUGGGAUUUGGAAUGUCACCCAACAGCCAGACCUCAACACAAGAGCCGUGUUCGCUUCCAGUUGUGUGGCACUGGCAUAAGAGCAGGAGAAGCAUUGAGUGUUCAAGAAAAUUGCUCAUUGGUGAAAACAGAAGCCACUGUGAAGAACAGGAAGAGACUGGAUUCUGCAGGCUCAAAGACUGGGUAAGGCUUGUAUUCCUGCUAGAAAUCUGACCUA